AUGGAAGCCGUGACAUCUGGGACCUUGGACGAUCCAAACGAUCUCAUCCUUCAGGCCAUCACCUCCAACCCUUUGAGUCUCGGUGAGGUUGGUCGCACCUUGUCCUCCGAUCAAAAAUUCCUUGCCUUGCAAAGAACCGGACAUUCGGGGUUGCAAGACUUGGAUGACAUUCCACCGGACGCAGCUUAUAUGCUCACAAAGAUCGACGAAUUAUCAGUACAAGAAGCCUUGGCCAUCUUGCAGGAAGCUAUCGUGUACCAUGGUGACGAUGUCAACUUCCCUCACGAAGUGAUGGAAAAGAUUGUUGAUUUGGUUGACCAACACUACACUCCACGUGACUCUGACGAAGGCGGGAAUGAGAAAUUAAAAUCUCAGGCUCAACUACACUUUGAUCUGGAAGAGAAAAACUCUGGUAACUACUUGGAUGACUGGGAGUUUGAAAGUAAGAUGGAAGCCGCGUUGAUCGCCUUCCACUCGCCUUACCCCGAGGUAAGAGCCGUGACCGAUCCGUACGAUGACCCAACUAUUCCCGUAGAAACAUUCAGAGCGUACUUAUUGAUCAUUGUUUGGACGAUUCUUGGAUCUGGUAUCUAUGAAUUCUUCCGCCACAGAAAUCCGCCUAUCACCCUUCCAACGUCUGUUAUCCAAAUCUUCUUGUACCCGCUCGGGAAGUUCAUGGCUGCAGUUUUGCCAGAUUGGGGAUUCACUAUUAAGGGCCAACGUUAUACCAUUAACCCAGGUCCCUACACCUACAAGGAGCAGAUGUUUGCAACCGUCUCGAUUUCUGUUGCCGUAGGCGGCGCUUACGUUUCCUACAAUUUGUACGCCCUUAAGUUGGACAUGUUCUACGGUGUCACGUGGGCCGGCUUCGGAUAUCAGCUUUUGUUGAUUUUGUGUACCCAAUUCAUGGGUUUCGGAUUUGCUGGUAUCUUCCGCAAGAUUUGCGUCUACCCUGUCCGCGCCAUGUGGCCUACUUUAUUACCCACCUUGGCAUUGAACAGGGCUUUGUUGAAGGACGAGAAGCGCGAGAUCAUCAACGGCUGGAAGAUUUCCCGUUAUAACUUUUUCUUCUUGGUCUCGAGUUGUUCGUUUUUGUAUUUCUGGUUUCCAAACUAUCUCUUUGAAGCUUUAUCCACCUUCAACUGGAUGAACUGGAUUGCUCCAAACAACUUCAACUUGGCUUCCAUCUCCGGUUCCCGUUAUGGUUUGGGCGUCAAUCCUAUUUCAACUUUUGACUGGAACGUACUUCUUAAUCUGCCUCUUUCCGUUCCAUGGUACUCUAACGUUAACCAGUAUAUUGGUUCUAUUAUUGCCCUCUUUGCUAUCAUCGGUGUCUUUUGGUCCAACUACAAGUGGUCGGGGUACUUACCUCUCAACUCUAACAAGAUUUUCACAAAUACUGGAAAGAGUUACGUCGUGACCGAAGUAUUAACCAAUGGGUUAUUGGAUACUGAAAAGUAUCAAAAAUACUCACCUCCUUACUAUGGUGCAGCAAACUUGGUUUUAUAUGGUGCGUUUUUUGCCAUCUAUCCGUUUUCCAUCAUUUACACCUUUGCGAAUGAAUGGGCUGGUAUUUCCUCGUCGUUCAAGCAAAUUUGGCAUGCCUUCAGGGAUUUCAAAAGGUCCAAUUUUGCUGGUUUUAACGAUCCCCACUCAAAGAUGAUGUCCAAAUAUCCCGAGGUUCCUGAUUGGUGGUUCUAUGUUAUCUUGGUAUUUGCGAUCGUGAUGGGUAUUCUCUGCGUGCAGUUGUACCCAGCACAGACUCCUGUCUGGGGUAUCUUCUUUACUAUUGGGAUUAACUUUGUGUUCUUGAUUCCCAUUGUCCUUAUUUAUUGUGUUACUGGUUUUCAGUUUGGGUUAAACGUCCUUGUGGAAUUGAUCGUUGGUUAUGCCAUACCCGGGAACGGUAUUGCCUUGAUGACAUUGAAGGCGCUUGGUUACAACAUUGACGGACAGGCUGAAAACUAUCUUUCAGAUCAAAAGCUUGCGCACUAUGCCAAAGUUCCUCCCUUAGCUAUCUUUAGAGGCCAAAUGUUGGCUACUCUUAUCCAAUGUUUUGUUACUUUGGGAGUCUUGAACUGGUCCUUAUCCAAUAUCGAAGAUAUAUGCACUACUAACCAGCCUCAAAAAUUCUCGUGUCCCGGUGACAAUACUUUCUUCUCUGCCUCUGUGUUUUGGGGUGUGAUUGGUCCAAAGAGAGUCUUCAACGGUUUGUAUCCAAUCUUGCAAUGGUGUUUCUUGAUUGGUGCCUUGUUACCUAUUCCAUGCUUAGUGUUCAAAAGAUGGGGCCCUAAGUACUUGACCAGAAACUUCCAGCCAACGUUGAUGAUUGGCGGGAUGUUGAUUUACGCCCCUUACAACUUGAGUAACUACACUGCAGGUAUGUACAUUGGCUUCGCCUUCAUGUACGUGAUCAAGAGACGUUUCUCUUCGUGGUGGGAGAAGUACAACUACGUGUUGGCUUCAGCUUUGAAUGCCGGUAUUGCCUUUUCUGCCAUCAUCAUCUUCUUUUCCGUUCAAUACCAUGCAAAGAACAUUGAUUGGUGGGGUAACAACGUGCCUUACUUGGGCAUUGAAGGAAAAGGAAAGGGAACAAGACAGUCGCUUCUUAAUAUCACUGAUACAGCCAGGGGCUUUUUCGGACCAGAGCCUGGUUCCUACCCUUGA